AUGGGGCUGUAUAGUUGCCAGGAGCCAGAAGCCGCAGCUGGCUCCCAUCCAUCAGCUCCCUGGCCCCCAUCACGCGUCCCCUCUGUGCCUGGGAGGCGGGGCAGACCGGAGCUGUCCAUGGAGGCCGGCCAGGACUACUAUUACGAGCAGGGAUAUGGCAGCCGGAGGAGGUUGAUUCCACCAAUGUAUGAUGAAUAUGGAGAGAUAUUGGAAGAAGACUAUUACUACAGUCCACAGAUCCGGGGUCGAGGUCGUGGCAUGCGUGGUAGAGGCGGACCUAAGAGGGUAGGUUUUAGAGACUUGCCGCCAGAGGAGGAGAUAGAGCAAGCAGAGCCUAUUGAGGAAGCAGAGCCCUCUAAAGCUGCCAAGAAACUCAAGUCUGUCAUGAAACUCAGUAAAUUCCUAGCGGCCAGCAAGGGAGGGGAUCAGCCGUCAGGGGCUGGCGGUUCUCCAUGGAAGAGGGCCAAAAUGCUGAAGAUGUUUGGCGGUAAAAAGAAGGACGAUGACUACGCCAAACUAAUGUCUGCUCGCCGUAUUGACAGUCUAGAUAGUCUGACAGACGGACCUGCUCUUACUGGACCCAUCGACAGCAAGGUGGAAACUCGAAGCAAACUUGGCAAGGUGUUCAAGAAGAUCAACCUGGGAGCCAAGUUACAGGGCCGAUCUAUGAGUGCAGAAGAGGAAGGCUCACAAGCCGCCAGCGAGGACGACAAGAAGUCCAAAGUGUCCAUUAGUGUGACUGAAAGUGAGGCUGAAGCAAGUGGUAGCGGAGAAGAGAGAGAAAGAGGCACUGACGAGGAGAGCAGUGGUGACAAAGACUAUCUGAAAGUCGACUUAGAUAAGGACUUGGAUCGGGAGAGCACAGUGGAUUCUGACGAGGAGGCAGAGGAGUCAGGAGAGGAGAAAUCAGAGGAGGAAGAGGGGAGUGAAAAGGAGUCGGAGAAAGAGACAGAAGAUGAGGAAGACGAGGAAGAGCCUUCGGGAGGGACAGAAGAGAGUGGGUCAUCUGCUCGCUCCUCCGUCCGGUCCUCCGCCACACAGGCCAGUAAAGGCAGCGGUGCAGGCAGUGGGAGCGGAAGUCGAAGUGGUAGCGAAAGUGCUAGUGAGACUGUUAGUGAGAGCGCUGGUGAAAGCAGAAGGUCAUCCCAAAGAACUCAAAAGUCCAGCGAGGACCUUAGUGAACCUGAGUCCGGAACAGGAACUGCCAGUGAUUCCGAAGCAGGUUCCGGGAGCGAAGAGGCUCCAUCUCACAGAUCUAGUCAACAGUCCGGGUCAGAGGCCAGCGGAGGGUCCUCAGGCAAAAGUCAAAUGAGCGAUCAGAGUUCAGUAGCAAGCGAGGAAAGCUCUGGAGGGUCAAGAUCCGCAAGCGGUAGCCAGCGAUCUAGGAAGUCCACCGUGACACCCUCUGAAGCUACCAUAACUGAAGAGAGUGAAGAGGAAGAGGAAGAAGAAGAAGCUGUUGAGGAAAGCAAGGAGUCUUCCAGCGAACAGAGCGACGCCUCCUCGUCCAGAAGGUCCAGUGUCUCCUCGGAAGAAGCCGGCCCCUCUGCCCCCGUCAAAAGCCCCUCAUAUCCCACAGAAAUCAAAAGCAUGAGCGCCACCUCCGACGAAACCUACGGAGGACUCUCACCCAUCACCGAAGUGGAUGAAGACGCCAUCUCAUCCGACAGCAGUGAAUCCGGCAGAAGGAAGCGGAUCAAGCUGGUGGUGGAUGGCGAUACCGGGACCAGCUCUACGGGAGAGGAGAGCACCACAGAGACCCCCCAGUCCUCCCUUCCCAAACCCAACAGCCACGGCAACAUCAACGGGAGCAUCUACCUCGCCCAAAAUGGAACUAUUGUCAGAACGCGCCGAACGCCGCUCCCAAACAAUCUAAAGUCGGGCUCGCCGUGUCGCCUGGCGGAGCAUUUCAAAAAACUCGACAAGUUGGGCAUCACUCUCGAGGAGCCGCCUUCGCCCGUCUCCUCCACUGACGGGACUUUAAACGGGACAGAGAACGGGACGAGCGUGCCGGUUUUCGCUAACGUGGACGUCAAUCUCAACACGUGCCCCUCCGCCGGCUCCUUGGGAUCCGGCAUUGUGGUGCUCAAAACGUUCGGCCCCAGAACUAAUGUAAGCAAGGCGGUGAUCGACAGAAACAACAGUCGCAUCAGCUUGGAGCAGGAGACGUGCGUUGACAACCAUAAGGACAGCCGAUCCACGCCGGAGUCCCAGAGCGAGCACACGGACGAGGGCGAGCUGUGGAUGGGGCCCUGGAACAACCUGCACAUACCAAUGACAAAACUCUGA